UUUUGACGUAUCAAUGCUGGGCGUAGGUAGGAUUUGUCUAAUAGAGCCGGCUACAGGGGUCAGAGUUUAGAUCCGGUUUAAGAUGGCGGUACUGGGAAGGGUCCUCAUGGUCACUCUCCUGUUCUGUGCCGGCUUUUUACCUGCGCUGAGCGUUGACAGGAGCAACUUCAAGACAUGCGACCAGAGCUCAUUCUGCAGACGUCAGAGGAAGCUGGAGCCUGGAUCCUCGCCUUACAAAGCUUUGUUGGGGAGUGCCAAAGUCUCUGAAGACAAAUUAGAGGUUCAGCUCAUUGAUGACAAGAAUGAAGCUUCGCUUCUGCUAGAGGUUUUUGGCCUGAAUGGUAACAUGACCCGCAUCAAAAUUAAUGAAAUUAACCCUCUAAAGCCUCGUUAUGAGGUUCCCGAUGUGCUUGUUGGAACACCACUCCCUGAAAACCUGCAUGUGACUGGACAGGAUGAGAACACUCUGGAGCUGACUUUCAGAGGAGUAGAGCACAAGCUGUUGCUAACAGGGACACCAUUCCGUAUGGACAUACUUUCAGGAAGAGACUUGGUCUUGAGUGUGAAUUCACGAGGACUGCUUCAUUUUGAACGCUUGAGGGAGAGGAAGAGCAAUCUCUCGGCUAAAGUUAGUAUGGCUUUCGUUAACUUGUGGCAUAGAGUGAAGAAUCUUUUCUCUAGUGACCCUGAGAAGAUUGAUAAGCCCCUUGAAGGAGAUGUGUACCCAGGCGAGGAGGCAGGAAAAGAAGAGGGAAGUAAAAAGGAGGAGGAGGAUGACGAGCCAGGAAUGUGGGAUGAGACGUUCAAAGGUCAUACAGACACAAAACCAUACGGUCCCUCCUCGGUGGGUCUAGAUUUCUCCCUACCAGGUUUUGAACAUGUUUAUGGCAUUCCAGAACAUGCUGAUAACAUGAGAUUACGAACUACAGAGAGUACAGAUCCAUAUAGGCUCUAUAACCUGGAUGUUUUUCAGUAUGAGUUGUAUAAUACCAUGGCAUUGUAUGGCUCAGUCCCACUGCUUCUUGCUCACAACAUCCAUCGCACUUUGGGGAUAUUCUGGCUAAAUGCUGCAGAGACUUGGGUGGAUAUCAGUUCCAACACAGCUGGCAAGACUCUCCUGGGCAAGAUGUUGCAAUACAUGCAGGGAGGCGGAGAUACUCCUCAGACAGACGUGCGUUGGAUGUCAGAGAGUGGGAUCAUUGAUGUAUUUUUGCUUCUAGGACCCUCACCUUCAGAUGUGUUCAGACAGUAUGCCAGCCUUACAGGGACCCAAUCUUUGCCCCCAUACUUCUCACUUGGGUACCACCAAUGUAGAUGGAAUUACAAUGAUGAGGAAGAUGUACACAAUGUAGACUCUGGGUUUGAUAAACACAACCUGCCUUAUGAUGUGAUCUGGCUGGAUAUAGAACAUGCUGAUGGAAAAAGAUACUUUACCUGGGACCCGCACAAGUUUCCAACUCCUAAAAACAUGCUGAGCAGGCUGAAGGACAAGAGACGUAAGAUGGUUGCUAUUGUUGACCCUCACAUUAAGAUAGACGGUGGUUAUAGAAUUCACAACGAGAUCCGAUCCCAUGGUUUCUACGUCAAAAACAAAGAUGGUGGAGAUUAUGAGGGUUGGUGCUGGCCAGGCUCUGCUGCCUAUCCAGACUUCACAAACCCGGAAAUGAGAGCUUGGUGGUCCAGUAUGUUUUCAUAUGAUCAGUAUGAGGGAUCCAUGGAUAAUCUGUUCAUCUGGAAUGAUAUGAACGAACCAUCAGUUUUUAAUGGUCCUGAAGUAACAAUGCAUAAAGAUGCUGUUCACUGGAGAGGCUGGGAACACAGGGAUGUGCAUAACCUGUAUGGGUUCUAUGUGCAAAGAGCUACAGCUGAGGGCCUAAUCCAGCGCUCUGGGGGUAAGGAGCGACCCUUCGUAUUGACCAGAGCAUUCUUUGCAGGUUCACAACGCUAUGGUGCUGUGUGGACUGGUGACAAUGCUGCGGAGUGGGAUCACCUGAAAAUAUCCAUCCCUAUGUGCUUAAGCCUGGCUCUGGUUGGCAUUUCAUUCUGUGGAGCUGAUGUUGGGGGAUUUUUCAAAAACCCAGAACCUGAAUUACUUGUUCGUUGGUAUCAAGCUGGAGCUUAUCAGCCUUUCUUCCGUGCUCAUGCUCACCUGGACACUCCUAGACGAGAGCCAUGGCUUCAUGGAGAGGAAAAUCUGGAACUGAUACGUGAGGCCCUCCAGCAGCGUUAUGCUUUGCUCCCGUUCUGGUAUACGCUGUUCUACAGAGCACUGCGUGAAGGAGAGCCAGUCAUGAGGCCUCUGUGGGUUGAAUUUCCAUCCGAUGUUUCUACGUUUGCUAUGGAUGAUCAGUACAUGCUAGGAUCUGCUCUUUUGGUGCACCCUGUAACAGAGGCCAACAGUCGUGGAGUACAUAUUUAUUUGCCAGGGGCUGGAGAGGUCUGGUAUGAUGCACAUUCUUACCAGAAAUACGAGGCUUCACAAUCUUUCUACUUUCCGGUUACAAGCAACUCGAUUCCAGUUUAUCAACGUGGUGGCUCUAUAAUCCCUCGAAAGAACCGCCUAAGGCGUUCCUCAGACUGUAUGCCUGAUGACCCCUACACUCUAUAUGUGGCGCUUAACCUGCAGGGUGAAGCUUGGGGCCAAUUGUACUUGGAUGAUGGUCAUAGCUUCAACUAUGAGCAGAAUGAGUUCUUGUAUCGAGAGGUCAGCUUCCAACAUGGAGAACUCAGCUCAAGAUCCUUGGACCCACGAGGAAUAUUUGAAACUCCAAGCUGGGUUGAGAGGGUGAUAAUUAUUGGAGCAACUAAACCAUCCAGCAUUACCAUCAGUAUUCCAGGGGGGACCACAAAAGCACUGGAAUUUGAGUAUGAUUUUAACAGAUCAGUGAUAACUGUGCGAAAACCUGGAGUGAAUAUUGCAUCAGACUUUACAAUGUCCGUACGAUAACAUAGUAAAUACUUCAUGUCUGAGGAUGGGAGGGGAGAAAACUCUUUGCCCUGGUUAGGCGAGCCUGUGAGGUGGUCUCUAUCCAACCAACAAAUGUGAGAUAAAAUUGAGAGUAAACAAAGAAAGAGUUGAUGUAUGCGUCCAUGUUUGUCCAUAUAAUAAUGAGUAUAUGUGCGUGUGUAUAGCUAAAAUGGACUACAGUGUGUGUGUGUGGCUGGGUUAUGUCUGCACCCUACUCCUGACUAUGACCAAUACUUCUCAGAACCGUAAGGAUAUUAGUUUAAAAUAUAAGGAAUGCUUAACGUCCAAAACAAUUUGAUCCCUGGUAGGUAUAGUAAGCAUAGGUCUGAAGAGGAAAUUAUCAUUUUUUGUUAAAGUAUUUUUUAACCUCCUCCACCUGUAGGGCUUAAUGAAUCCAUUGUUCAUUCACAAACAUUUUGAUAUCAGAAUAAAAACCUAAAAUAUA